AUGAAUGGAUCUAUUAGAUAAUAUAGUAAAGGAUUAAAAACCCUUUAGUGUAAAUUCAAUCAAAAAUUUCAGAGAAACUUGCAAAUGUUAUUUAAUAUUUACAUAAUAAUGUUGGAGCUCAUUGAGAUAUAAAGUUAGAAAAUAUAUUAAUUGAUGAAGACUUCAAUUAAAAACUAUUUGAUUUAAGAUUAGCUGAAAUUAUGUAUUAGAAUUUUGUUUAAAAAUGUUAAGGAAAAACAGAAAGAAGAAUUUAAACAGAUAUAAGAGUUAGAUUAAAAUAUAAAUGAGAUAAGUACCAUCAUGUUUUUAAAUCAAUCAGAAUGA